AUGUCCCAAUUCAAUCAUGAAGAAACACUCAAUUUGAGCUAUCGUUGCUCUGGACAUCCACUCAUUCAAGACAAACUUACAAAGUUGAGAGACAAACGAACCAAACCUUCCGAGUUUAGAAAAUUAGUUUCGGACUUGUGUGUGUUGCUUUGUUUUGAAGCUACCAGCAAGUUGAACAUGAAAUCCAUUGAAAUUGAAACUCCUAUUUGUAAGACAGUACAAAAUGUCGUUGCGGAUAGAAUUUGUCUUGUUCCAGUGUUACGAGCUGGAUUGGGAAUGCUGGAAGGUCUCCAUAGCAUCGUCCCUCAGGCAAGAGUAAUUCAUAUUGGCCUGUUCAGAAACGAGGAAACUUUACAACCUGUGGAAUAUUACAAGAAGCUUCCACCUCAAUGUGAUGCUGAUAUUGCAAUUGUUUUGGAUCCAAUGUUGGCCACUGGUGGCUCUGCAGUUGCCACUAUUGAGAGGAUUAAAGAUUGGGGAGUCAAGAAAGUUAUUUUCAUGUGCAUUUUGGCUGCUCAUGUGGGUAUCAGCAAUGUGAAUAAGGCACAUCCAGAUGUAGAAAUUUAUUGUUGUGGUGUGGACAGGGAAUUAAAUUCGAAUGGAUACAUUGUACCUGGUUUAGGUGAUGCAGGAGAUCGCCAAUAUCAAGGUGAUUACUGCUACGAGUGA